AUGGCAUUUCGAGGGGCUCUCACUUCCUUGAUAUUUCAACCAAAAACCAGUGGACCACUCACUUGCCUCUCAUCGUACCACAAAAAAGUGAUUGAUCAUUAUGAAAAUCCAAGAAAUGUUGGGUCUCUGAACAAAGACGACCCUUCUGUUGGUACUGGGAUCGUUGGAGCACCAGCAUGUGGAGACGUCAUGAAGUUACAGAUAAAGGUCGACGACAAUGGAAAAAUUAUUGAUGCCAAGUUUAAAACAUUUGGAUGUGGAUCUGCAAUCGCUUCCAGCAGUUUAGUAUCUGAAUGGAUUAAGGGCCAAACUAUCGAGUACGCUUCAAAAGUUAAGAAUGAUUCCAUAGCAAAAGAGCUGAAACUACCUCCGGUCAAGUUACACUGUUCAAUGCUGGCUGAAGAUGCGAUCAAAGCUGCUCUGAAUGAUUACAAAAGGAAGCAGAAGAAGAAACCGUCUUCUUGA